ACCUUGACUUUGGCCCCUGCUUUGCACUGCCUCUGGUGGUCUGCUGUCAGCACCUUCAGGAGACAGUCUGAGAAAUACUGCUCAGACCCCACCUUCACGAGAGGGCAGCACCUUCUCAACCUCCCUCAGCAUGAUGAAGAACUCAGCUUGAUAGGGCAGCAUCUUCUCUUCUGGGCGCCACCUCGCUAGUAUCAGCGGCUGCUGGUGGAUAAAACACAUUUGCCACCGGGGGUUGAGAAAGGAGACAUGCCGUCGCUGAGCAUCCAUUGCGACGCUUGACUGACCAUGAUGAAGACCGAAUCCACAUCCAAGAGCACCGGCUCUGGCUCUACGCUCAGGAGCCCAUCCCCGCACAGGAACGCGUACGAGGCGGGGAUGCAGGCCCUGAAGCCCGUCAAAGACAAUGCUGCGAACGGGGACGUGCAGGAGGGCCCCCGAGGGCGCAGGUACGGCUCCAACGUGCACCGUAUCAAAAACAUGUUCCAGCAGAUGCAUACCACAUCCCCAGCCGAUGUAGAGGGAGAGGACGGCGCCAGGAUCGCCGACAAAUCGGUGCGCCUCUCCCUCCCCAGAGCCGGGAGCCUGAACGAGAACGUGGACCACAGCGCGCUGCUGAAGCUCGGAUCCACCGUGUCCGAGCGCGUCAGCAAGUUCGACACCAAACCAGAAAACGGGCACCAGCGGGCCUCGUCGCCAAGCUACUCCAAGCUGCAGGAGACCCGCCGCAUCUUCGAGCAGCAGCAGGAGAAGCAGCAGCAGGAGAAACUGGCCACCACCAGAGUCCUACUGAAGACAGACAAGGCCUCAGGCUUCCAGGAUGGCAGGUUGGACGUGGUGGCUCGUUUCAAUGGCAGCACAGAGUCCCUGGACAGCCUGGACACAAGUGAGGCCGUGUCCCCAACAGUCAGCCAACUCAGUGCUGUGUUUGAACGGGCAGCCGAGCUCCGGAACAACCUCCACCGCCUCUCCUCUACCCCACCGCUCCCCUCGCGAGGGGUCAGCACCAAGGUGGGUGUGUUGAACUCCAAAAUAAUCACAAAGAGGGUUAGUGCCUUUGCAGCAGGCAACCAGGAGGAAGAGCUAAGCAAUCAGAGGGGCCAAGAGGGCCCUCCAAGGGGCCCUGGGGGGAGAGUGAUUUCCCCAUCUGAUAGCAUUAACGGUGGCCAAAGUGUUGGCCAAAGCACCCCAACUACUGAACUUUACAGUACUAUAGGAGAGCCAAACGAGCAGAGAGAAAAGACUGUUUCUGACGCAGGUGUCAAGGCCAAAGCUGAGGUCAAACCUGAGGAUCACCCUGGGGCCAAGGAGCGUAGCAACACCACACUGCAAGGCGACAUCCACAGCUCUGUGGAGAAUGGAGAAGCUGCUGUCGAGAAGCAAAGCUCUCUAAAGGGGGGUGACAUGCUCAGACAGGAGGGGGACAUGGCUAAGCAUGCUGAGGAGGAGGAAGACAGGACUCUCAGAGACGACCAGUCGGGCCGUGACUCUGUGGAUAUCAGUACCUACAGCGCAGUGGGGGAGGACUUUGGAGGGAGCCAGGUGGACGAGGAAGAAGAGGAGGCCGAUGAGCGCUAUGAGCCUGAGUCCAGCUGUGUGGAGAUUGCUGGGCUGCCUGCGGAGGAGAGCCCGCCCACCUCCAGGAAGAUCCGCUUCAGCACAGAGCCCAUCAAGGUGUUUGCCACCUACCCCAAUGAGGAUUAUGACAGGCGUAACGAAGACGUGGAUCCCAUGGCAGCAUCUGCUGAGUACGAGCUGGAGAAGAGGGUGGAGAGGCUGGACCUGUUCCCCGUGGAGCUGGAGAAAGAUGGUGAUGGCUUGGGCAUCAGUAUCAUCGGGAUGGGUGCAGGGGCUGACAUGGGCCUGGAGAAGCUGGGUAUCUUCGUUAAGACGGUCACAGAGGGAGGAGCGGCACACAGGGACGGCAGGAUCCAGGUGAACGAUCUGAUUGUGGAGGUGGACGGGACCAGUUUGGUUGGAGUCACCCAGAGCUUUGCUGCCUCUGUACUCAGGAACACCUCAGGAACUGUCAAGUUUGUGAUCGGGCGAGAGAAGCCGGGGGAGCAGAGCGAAGUGGCCCAGCUCAUCCAGCAGACUCUGGAGCAGGAACGUUGGCAGAGGGAGAUGAUGGAGCAGCGCUACAACCAGUACAUGGACGAACAAGAGGGUGCUGAAUAUGGCACAGAUGAGGAGGAGGACGAGGAUGAGGAGGUCAGUCCGCCGUAUCCCAGUGCCAUUGAGGUGUUUGACUUGGCAGAGAACGAGGACAUGUCGCCUCUGGAGACUGACCCUGAGAAACUAGCCCAUAAAUACAAAGAGCUCCAAAUAAAGCAUGCUGUGACCCAGGCUGAGAUCCAACAGCUGAAAAGAAAGCUGCACCACGCGGAGCAGGAGAAGCAGCGCUGGCGUAUGGAUAAGGCUCAGCUGGAACAGACCCUGCAGGAGAACAAGGAGCGUAUGGAGAAGCUGGAGGGCUACUGGAUGGAGGCUCAGAGCCUGUGCCAGGCGGUGGACGAGCACCUGAAGGAGACGCAGGCUCAGUAUCAGGCCCUGGAGCGCAAGUACAGCAAAGCCAAACGCCUGAUCAAGGAAUAUCAGCAGAAGGAGAUUGAGUACCUGAAGAAGGAGACCCAGCGUUGUGCACAAGUUGGGGCUGAGGCCUCCCUUCUGAAAGAGGAGUCUGGACAACUCCACGAACAGGUGGCUGACCUGGAGUGUAGGGUCGAGGAGCUGAAAUCUGAACCUUUAUAAGAGCCUUUUUUUCCCCCUUUACCUAUCUCAGAAAGCAGUACUUCACCAGAUGAAGUAGAACAUAGUGUUAUUGUACUUGCAAUGAACUGCAGGGUAUUUCUUGUCCCCAACCUGAGCUUGGUUUCUGGUCGCAUACUGUAUAUGUGUCCUCAGGCUUUGUAUUUCAGCCACUUAACCCUUUUAACCAUGUUUUUCUGUUAACAUUUAUGGGGACGUGAAGAACAGUUUUAUCAUCACAAAUUCAGACUCUGUUGAGCUCUAGAUGUACUGUUCCUUUUUAAAUUUCCGGAGUUCAGUAUUUAAUCCCUCGAUUUGUGGUAUCGUGACAGACCAGGCUGUUGCUUUUAAUUGCCAAAAAACAAACUCCUCUCUUUCUUUUGCCUAGUUUUGUGACCUCUUUUUCUGAGUUUGUACAGAUGUGAUAGUGUGGUUUAACAAUCAGUUUGGUUUGUAAAAAUUUUUAUUAUGUGUAUAACAUUUAACAUAAUAUAAACUAAUGAGAUUGAGGGUUGUUGUAUAUUUUAUGUGAUGAAGAUGUGUAAAUUGGACAGAGAUUGCACUGAAGAAGACAUCACACAAGGUGCUUCACUGGAAUGGAGGAGUAAACGGGAAUGAGUCUGAGGUGUCUUUGAAAUUGUACAAACAGUAACCCAACCUUCGUAGGGGUCUUGUCACUUAACCUUGAGAACCACCUGCUGCCUACCUUUCAGAAGUGUUUGUGUGUUUUUUACACAUUAAGACUCACUAAUGAGCUACCAAUCCUCUGGUUUCAACCCCUCGCUUCUUUGGAAAAAAAAAAGAAAAAGGAAAAAAAAAAAAAAAAAA